GCCACAUUUAUGUGACGUCACCGCCGGGGGGAGCUGUCCUCAGCGCUGGUUCUGAAAGCCAACAAGAUGGCUGAACGCUGGGGAGUGGAGAACUGAUUUUUCAAGGCGGAAACCCUCCCUCCUUUUUUUUUUAUGUUUACGAGCGGACCGCGACGCCGGCGUUCACCGUCAGAAGUGUGAAGAAAUCCCACUCAUGUGUUGCGUCACGACUCCAGUGAGGCCGCAGUGCUGCUAGCGGACUGCUCCAUCCCACAGCGUCCACGGCUACGGUUGUACACCCGGGAGGAAAGUCGCCAAGAGGAGCCAUCGAGAGAUGUCAUUGCUGUGUGUUGGAGUGAAAAAAGCCAAGCUUGAUGGACCCCAAGAAAAAUUCAACACUUACGUGACGCUGAAGGUGCAGAAUGUUAAGAGCACGACCAUCGCCGUGCGUGGCAGUCAGCCAUGCUGGGAGCAGGACUUUAUGUUUGAGAUAAACCGGCUGGACCUGGGCCUGACAGUGGAGGUGUGGAAUAAAGGGCUGAUCUGGGACACCAUGGUGGGCACUCUGUGGAUCCCCCUGAGCAGCAUACGGCAGUCCAAUGAGGAGGGUCCAGGUCAGUGGUUAACCCUGGACUCCAAUGUGAUCAUGGCUGAGAAUGAGAUCUGCGGCACCAAAGACCCGACCUUUCACAGGCUUCUGCUGGACACCCGCUUCGAACUGCCACUAGACAUUCCAGAAGACGAGGCCAGGUAUUGGGCCAAGAAGCUUGAGCAACUCAAUGCUAUGAGAGACCAAGAUUGUGCCUACCAAGAGGAACAGGAGAAGCCGCUCCAUGCGCCGUCCACACAGUGCUGUAAUUGGAGUCUGUGGGGAGAUCAGCAGAACGAGGACCCGGACAGCGCUGUGGACGACAGGGACAGCGACUACCGCAGCGAGACCAGCAAUAGCAUGCCCCCGCCCUUUUACACAACAUCUCAGCCUAAUGCCUCCAUGCAUCAGUAUCCCAUCAGGCAACAGCACUACAACCACUCAUACAAUGACGACAUGGACUAUGACCACAGAGACAUGAGACACAAUGAUAGUUUAGACUCGGCCACCAACGGGCGCAGCGAUAUCGACUCAGGCUCUGGGUCGAGCCGGCGCACCAGUCGCCAAUAUUCUCUAGACAGUAGGCAUUCGCUGUCCGAUAGCCCCACAGACAGUCGCUACGCCUCGUCGGGCGAGCUGAGCCGAGGCAGCUCCCAGCUGAGCGAGGAGUUUGCCCCCGAGGACGGCGAGAGCUUGCGAUGCUCCGAGUUCUACGACGAGAAUGACUCGUACCACUCCUGCCACUCCUCCAUCAGCUACGGCAAGGAGGACUUCCCGGGCUGGGACGGGGAAGACCCGCAGGGGGUGUACAGCGACGAGGGAAGCUACGUCAAAGAUGGAGGCGAAGACCGGGCGAUCUUUGACGAGGAGGGUGAGACGUAUGAGGAGGAAGGGGAGUACAACUACGAAGACGAGGAGGAGAUGCCGUACGAGGGGGACGAGGAUAUGUACCCGGUUGAAGGUGCCGUCCGCGAGGAGCAGGAGCCACCUUACACCCCAGUUAGCACGGCUACCACCAUCCUACCCCCAUCUGAUAGUGUGUCCUCCAGCAGGCCGCCCCUGGAAAAACAAACGUCGUUGCAUCAGCAGCAACUUCCUCCCGAACCCUCCCAACCCUCAAGAACCACUCCGCCCCUCCGACAAGAUGACACCUUGCCCCCUUUCACCUCAGACUCAGCUCUUUUUGCACCCACCCAGCAAGACUUAUUCACCACCACUCCUAGCAUCAACGGCACGUCCACCACCACCAGCACCACCACGAUAUCAAAGAUUCCAGGACCUGAUGUCAAGUUCCAAGAGCCUGAGCCAAAGUCCGAGCUGCCCCUGGAGGCACCUGCACCGGUGGAGCAAUUUACAGCUGAGGAGAGCGUCCCACCGGCUGCUGAGGAGAAAGCAGAGGAGCCCCGUGUCCCCAGUUUCCCAAAGAGGGAACUUAUGGAACCUGGUCCUGCGAGAGCCAAAGCCAACUGGCUCCGGUUGUUCAGCAGAGUGCGGCUACAGUUGCAAGAGGCCCGAGGAGAGAGCGUCGGCAUCGCCUCUCUGCUAUUAUCAGCGGGGAUGGGUGGUGCUCUUUACAGCAUCGACAGCAUGCCAGACCUCAGGAAGAGGAAAGCGAUGCCUCUGGUCAGAGAUCUGUCAUUGGUCCAGAGCUCCAGGAAGGCCGGCAUCACCUCAGCCCUAACGUCCAGCACACUGCACAACGAAGAACUGAAGAGUCAUGUCUAUAAGAAGACCCUCCAGGCUCUCAUCUAUCCCAUCUCCUGCACGACUCCGCACAAUUUCGAGGUUUGGACGGCCACCACCCCUACCUACUGCUACGAGUGCGAGGGUCUGCUGUGGGGCAUUGCUCGGCAGGGCAUGCGCUGCACAGAGUGCGGGGUCAAAUGCCACGAGAAAUGCCAGGAUCUGCUCAAUGCUGACUGUCUGCAAAGGGCCGCGGAGAAGAGCUCCAAACAUGGCGCGGAGGACCGAACUCAGAACAUCAUCAUGGUCCUCAAAGACCGCAUGAAAAUCCGCGAGAGGAACAAACCGGAGAUCUUUGAGCUCAUUCAGGAGGUCUUCUCUGUCCCCAAGCCAACCCACGGCACGCAGAUGAAGCAGAUCAAACAGAGCGUGCUCGACGGCACAUCCAAGUGGUCGGCCAAGAUUAGCAUCACAGUGUUGUGCGCCCAAGGUUUACAAGCCAAGGAUAAAACUGGUUCUAGUGAUCCCUAUGUCACCGUCCAGGUUGGAAAGACCAAAAAGAGGACCAAAACCAUCUAUGGCAACCUCAACCCUGUCUGGGAGGAGACUUUCAAUUUCGAAUGCCACAAUUCUUCUGACCGCAUCAAGGUGCGCGUGUGGGACGAGGACGACGACAUUAAGUCCAGAGUGAAGCAGAAGUUCAAGCGCGAGUCUGACGACUUCCUGGGGCAAACCAUCAUCGAGGUCCGCACGCUGAGUGGGGAGAUGGACGUGUGGUACAACUUGGACAAGCGCACUGACAAAUCAGCUGUGUCGGGGGCCAUUAGGAUGCACAUCAAUGUAGAGAUCAAGGGCGAGGAGACGGUCGCUCCAUACCACGUUCAAUACACCUGUUUGCAUGAGAACCUUUUCCACUUUGUGACAGACAUCCAGAACACCGGCGUGGUGAAGAUCCCCGAUGCUAAAGGAGACGAUGCAUGGAAAGUAUACUAUGAAGAGACGCCUCAGGAGAUAGUUGACGAGUUUGCGAUGCGUUACGGUGUGGAGUCCAUCUACCAAGCCAUGACUCAUUUUGCCUGCUUGUCGUCUAAGUACAUGUGCCCGGGAGUGCCUGCUGUCAUGAGCACCCUGCUCGCCAACAUCAACGCCUACUACGCUCACACCACCCAGGCUACUAACAACGUCUCUGCCUCAGACCGCUUUGCCGCAUCCAACUUUGGGAAAGAGCGAUUUGUCAAGCUCCUUGAUCAGCUGCACAACUCCCUGCGGAUCGACCUCUCCAUGUACCGAAACAACUUCCCAGCCAGCAGCCCUGAAAGGCUGCAGGACCUCAAGUCUACAGUGGACCUCCUCACCAGUAUCACCUUCUUCAGGAUGAAGGUCCAAGAGCUCCAAUCUCCGCCCAGAGCGAGCCAGGUGGUGAAGGAUUGCGUAAAAGCCUGUCUCAACUCCACUUACGAGUACAUCUUUAACAACUGUCAUGAGCUCUACAGCCGCGAGUAUCAGACAGACCCAGCUAAGCAGGGUGCAGUUCCUCCAGAGGAGCAGGGACCCAGCAUCAAGAACCUGGACUUCUGGUCCAAACUCAUCACCCUUAUUGUCUCCAUCAUAGAGGAAGACAAGAACUCCUAUACACCCUGUCUGAACCAAUUCCCCCAGGAACUCAACGUGGGCAAAAUCAGUGCUGAAGUGAUGUGGAAUCUGUUUGCACAGGACAUGAAAUAUGCUAUGGAAGAGCAUGAGAAAAACCGCUUGUGCAAAAGUGCCGAUUACAUGAACCUGCACUUUAAGGUCAAGUGGCUUUACAACGAGUACUGCAAAGACCUGCCUUUCUUCAAGAGCCGAGUGCCUGAAUAUCCGGCGUGGUUUGAGCCUUUCGUGAUUCAGUGGCUGGAUGAAAACGAGGAAGUAUCUCGGGACUUCCUGCACGGUGCUUUGGAGAGAGACAAGAAAGACGGGUUCCAGGUCACGUCCGAGCACGCCUUGUUCUCCUGUUCUGUGGUGGACGUGUUUUCCCAGCUCAAUCAGAGCUUUGAGAUCAUCCGGAAACUCGAGUGUCCGGACCCGCAGAUCGUAGGGCACUAUAUGAAACGGUUUGCAAAGACCAUCAGCAAUGUGCUUCUCGCAUAUGCUGACAUCAUCUCCAAAUUGUUUGCCAACUACGUCACCAUGGAGAAAGUGCCCUGCAUCCUUAUUAACAACAUCCAACAGUUGAGGGUUCAGCUGGAGAAGAUGUUUGAGGCCAUGGGGGGGAAAGAUUUGUGUGUGGAGGCCAGCGACAUACUAAAAGACUUGCAGGUUAAACUCAACAACGUCAUGGAUGACCUCAGCAGAAUCUUUUCUGUCAGUUUCCAACCUCACAUUGAGGAGAAUGUGAAGCAAAUGGGAGACAUCUUAGCUCAGGUAAAAGGAACGUCAAAUGUCGGGAAUGCCAGUAGCGUGGCACAGGAUGCUGACAACGUCCUGCAACCCAUCAUGGAGUUCCUGGACAGCAACCUGACUCUGUUUGCAAAGAUCUGUGAGAAAACGGUGCUGAAGCGUGUGUUGAAGGAGUUGUGGAAGCUGGUGAUGAACACCAUGGAGAAGACCAUCGUUCUGCCGCCACUUACAGACCAAACGGGCACUCAGCUCAUCUUCAAUGCUGCCAAAGAGCUGGGUCAGCUGUCCAAACUGAAGGAGCACAUGGUUCGGGAGGAGGCAAAGGCGCUCACGCCCAAGCAAUGUGCCGUCAUAGAACUGGCCCUGGACACCAUCAAGCAAUAUUUCCAUGCCGGGGGUGUUGGUCUGAAGAAGACUUUCUUGGAGAAGAGUCCUGAUCUGCUGUCCCUGCACUACGCCCUGUCCCUCUACACGCAGGCCACAGACAAACUUAUUAGGACCUUUGUCCAGUCCCAGAACGCACAAGUGUUUGGCGGCAAGGGGGUGAGGUUCACCACUAGUGAGGAUGUUUACCCAGAAAAGGGAUCUGGGGUGGACGAUGCUGUGGGAGAGGUGUCCAUCCACGUGGAAAUCUUCACUCACCCCAACACUGGCGAGCACAAGGUCACUGUGAAAGUGGUGGCCGCCAACGACCUGAGGUGGCAGACGCAGGGAAUAUUUCGACCUUUUGUGGAGGUUUUCAUUAUCGGCCCGCACCUGAGUGACAAGAAGAGAAAGUACGCCACCAAGUCCAAGAACAACAGCUGGGCGCCGAAAUACAACGAAACUUUCACUUUCACGCUGAGCAGCGAGGUGGGCCCCGAGUGCUACGAGCUGCAGGUGUGCGUCAAGGACUACUGCUUCGCCCGCGAGGACCGCACGGUGGGCAUGGCGGUGCUGCAGCUGAAGGACGUGGCGUCCAAGGGCAGCGUGGCCUGCUGGCUGCCGCUGGGCAAGCGCAUCCACAUGGACGAGACGGGCCUGACCGUGCUGCGCAUCCUGUCGCAGCGCAACAACGACGACGUGGCCAAGGAGUUUGUCAAGCUCAAGUCGGACCAGCGCUCCGCCGAGGAGGGUCGCAGCUAAGCGGCUUUCUGAUGGGACCGCGACCACCUGGCAUUCCAGUGCUGUAAAUACAUUCAUUCCAGGAGGAGCACGUGAGUUCAUCACCACGGAAUAACAACGUUGGGUCGUCGUCACUCGUGCCGUUACACGCGUCCUAUUCGGCUGCACAGGGUGUCCAAUACUGAAACUUGUAGCCAUUUUCUCUCCCCUUCCCUUCUUUCUGAGGAAGCGCCUUCAGGUAGUGGAACAGAGCACACUGCCUGACACCCACAUUGCCUUCUGUCUCCUUCACCCUCGUCGUUGUGAUGACAAACAGACUGUGUGUGUGCGUGUGUGUGUGUGUUUUCUUCUUCAUGACAAAGUAUUACGGCCCUACUGAGAAGAACAACUAGUACAAUUGUGAACCAAGAAUAAAGUAAUGUUACGUGAGGUCUUAAUGUUGCACAAAAAAAAAUAGUCCUCUUUCAAGAAGAAAGUCUAAGUCUCAUUAGAAUAAAGUUGUAACAUGAUGCAACGUUAAAAUGCUACGCAAAAGAUUUGGACCUGGAAAAAAGUUUCUCAUAAGGAAAAUUACAGGGGGAAAAAAGGAAUUGAACAUAAAUUUUCUGAAACUCUCGUGGAAAAGAAUCUUAAUGUUUAAAGGCCUACUGAAAUGAGAUUUUGUUAUUUAAACGAGGAUAUUAGGUCCAUUUUAUGUGUCAUACUUGAUCAUUUCGCGAUAUUGCCAUAUUUUUGCUGAAAGGAUUUAGUAGAGAACAUCGACGUAUAAGUUUGCAACUUUUGGCCGCUAAUAGAAAAGCCCUGCCUUUACCGGAAGUAGCAGACGAUGUGCGCGUGACGUCACGGAUUGGAGGGCUCCUCACAUCCUCACAUUGUUUAUAAUGGGAGCCACCAGCAGUAAGAGCUAUUCGGACCGAGAAAGCGAUAAUUUCCCCAUUAAUUUGAGCGAGGAUGAAAGAUUUAUGAAUUACGAUAUUGAUAGUGAAGGACUAGGAAGAAGAAGAAAAAAAGCGACGGCUCCGGGCGGCGGCAGUGUGAGCAUUUCAGAUGUAAUUAGACACAUUUACUAGGAUAAUUCUGGAAGAUCCCCUAUCUGAUUAUUGUUUUAAUAGUAUUUUAGUGAGAUUCUAAAGACAUACCUCGAGGUCGGAUGGCUGCGGUGAACACCAGUGUCUCAGAGAGAAGCCGAGGAGCCAAGCUCACAGCUGCCUUUUUUGACAGCUACAGGAGGAAGUCCCAUAAUCCACUGAUUUCUCCGGUAAGACUUAAUAUCACAAUUUCCCCAUCCAAAAACAUGCUGGUUGACGCAGAGAAAAGAUGUUCGCUUGACCGCUCUGCUUCACAACAAACAAAGAAACACCGGCUGUGUCUCGGUGCUAAAGACAGCUGCAAUCCACCGCUUUCCGCCAACAGCAUUGUUCUUUAUUAGUCUCCAUUAUUAAAUGAACAAAUUGCAAAAGAUUCAGCAACAUAGAUGUCCAAAUUAAUGUGUAAUUACGCCUUGAACAGAGACGACUUUUAGCCGUGUUUGGUGCAGCGCUAAUAUGUCCCCUCCAACACGUGACGUCACGCGUACGCGUCGACAUUCCGCGAUGUUUUCAACAAGAAACUCGCGGGAAAUUUAAAAUUGCAAUUUAGUAAACUAAAAAGGCCGUAUUGGCAUGUGUUGCAAUGUUAAUAUUUCAUCAUUGAUAUAUAAACUAUCAGACUGAGUGGUCGGUAGUAGUGGGUUUCAGUAGGCCUUUAAUGAAACGUAACUGUCGUAAAGUUAUGAGAAUAAAUUAUAUAAUUAUUUUUUAGAAUACAUUUGUAAUGUUACGCAAAAAAAGUUGUAACUUGUUGAGAAUAAAGUCGUAUUGUUGUGCGAACAACGUAACGUUAUAAGAAUAAACUCAGUCCCACACAAAAAAGUUGUAAUUUGUUAAGAAUAAUGUUAAGCAAAAAAAGUAACCUUUUGAGAAUAAAGUUGCAAUGUUAUGCGAAAAAGGUUGUAACUUUUGGCAAUAAAGUCGUAACAUUAUCCAGAAAAAAAAGUUGUGACUUGUUGAGAAAAAAGUCGUAACUUUAUGAGAAGAAAGUUCUAACUUUUUGAGAAUAAUCACAAUGUUAAGCAAAAAAUGUAACUUGUUGAGAAUAAAGUUGUAACAUUAUGCUAAAAAGUUGCAACUUUUUGAGAUUAAAGUCGUAGCGAUAUGCAAACAAAGUUGUAACUUAUUAAGAAUAAAGUAGUACUGUUAAGCGAAAAAGGUUGUAACAUGCAAAAAAAAAGUUGUAACUUUUUGAAGAUGAAGUUGUAUUGUUAUGCGAAAAAAGUUGUAACUUUUGGGAAUAAAGUUGUAACAUUAUACAGAAAAAAAAAGUUGUAACUAAGCGAAGAAAGUUGUAACUUUUUGAGAAUAAAGUCACAAUGUUAAGCGAAAAACGUAAGUUGUUGAGGAUAAAGUUGUAACAUGCAAAGAAAGUUGUUACUUGCUAGGCAUAAAGUUGUUACAUUGUGCUAAAAAGUUGCAACUUUUUGAGAUUAAAGUCGUAGCGAUAUGCAAACAAAGUUGUAACUUAUUAAGAAUAAAGUCGUACUGUUUAGCGAAAAAAGGUUGUACAUUUUGAGAAUAAAGUUGUAACAUCCUAAAAAAGUUGUAACUUUUUGAGAAUAAAGUCGUAACGUUAUGGGAACAAAGUUGUAACUUUUUGACAAAGUCGUAACGUUAUGUGAAAAAGUUGUAACUUUUGAGAAUAAAGUCAUAACAUUAUGCAAAAAAAGUUGUAACUUUUUGAGAUUAAAAUCGUAAUGUUAUGCAAAGAAAGUUGUAACUUUUUUUUAAAUAAAGUCGGAAUGUUAAGCGAAAUAGGUAACUUUGGAAAUAAAGUCGUAUCAUAAUGGAAAAAAGUUCUAACUUGUUCAGAAUUAAAGUUGUGAUGUUAUGCAGAGAUAGUUGUAACUGAGAAUGAAGUCAUAGCGUUACAAAAAAAAGUUUUAACUUGUUGAGAAUAAAAUCCAAACGUUAUGCGAACAAAGUUGUAACUUUUUUUAGAUAAAGUCGUAAUGUUAAGCGAGAAAGGUUGUAACUUGUUGAGAAUAAAGUAGUAAUUAAAAGAACAUUUUUUUUUAACUUUUUGAGAACAAAUUGUAACAUAAGGCAAAAAAGUAACAUUUAAUUGUGCUGUCAAACAAUUUUCAAAAUAGGAUCAGUCACACUUUACAAUUUGAUUAAUCAAGAAUAAAUGCAGUAUUUUACUCUACUGUAAAACAUCAAAUUACAUUUCGAAAAGUCCUAACAUUACACGACACUAAGCCACAACUUUUGUUAUUUUCUUUAAAUAACAUCGUAACACAAAAGGCCUAAUAAAAUAUAAUGAAGGGAAAUGUCAUGGAAGUAAACAUUUCAAUGAUAUGACUUUAAUCUUUUGAGAUACUUUUCUUCUUUCUUAUCUUUCUGAGGGACUCCCCUUCAACGGUGGUUCACAUGCACGACAAGGUCAAAGGUCCCAGACAUUCCACAUGUAAGAGCGGCCAAUAAAAGCACUCUGCAGUUAGGACAUGUGCACAAGUUUAUAUGAUUCAUAUUUCAUACUUUUUUCCAGAUUCUAUUUGUAGAUUUUGGCGACGUUAUCAUUCAGGAGUGUUACUUGAUUCCGGAAACGGCGCACACUGCCUCACACCCUCAAUGCCUUUUGUGUCCGUCACCCUCGUCUUUGUGAUGAUAAACAAACACCGAGUGUGUGCGUGCGUCUGUAUGAGUGUGUGUGUAGUCAUACAAUUUUGUGUCAUAUUUAGGCUAAGUUGCAUCUGACUUUGUUACUGUAAACAUUCCAGAUUGAGGAAAACAGGAAUUCCCUGACACGCUAACACGUCGCCGUGGUUACGCCACCAAAGCACAAAUGGCAGGAAACCAGAAAGUAAAGUGUGACCUCUGCUAAAAGGGCUGGUGACAUUUUGCAAACGUGCGACUCUGCUCGAGUCAAAGAGUGCAGAACAUGUCGGGUCUUCAUUCUCGCUGACGACAGUGAAAAAUUGUCUUUUUUUUUUUUUUUUUAAAUGCAGUACACGGUGGAGCCUCCAAAGUACAAUUGCCAUAGGAAUCAGACCGUUACCGCAUCAAACUUCCCCAUUUAUGUGCAAGUACAAGUGUAAGAAUACUUGUAAAAAGACGUUAAAAACAACAAAUGGUGCGUGUGCCGGGGAGGUGAGUUUCUUCACUGUCACCACCUUAGCAUGAAUUGAUUAACGUGGACCCCGACUUAAACAAGUUAAACUUAUUCGGGUGUUACCGUUUAGUGGUCAAUUGUACGGAAUAUGUACUGUACUGUGCAAAUCAAUCAAUCAAUCAAUACACAGACUACUCUAUUUUCCGGACUAUAAAUCGCUCCGUUUUUCCCUACGCGUUAAACUCUGCGGCUUAUGAAACGAUGUUGCUAAUUUAUAGAUUUUCCUGGCUAAUGGCCGUAAUGUUUUGUUGUCAACAAAUAGUUUUUAUAUUACAAUGACAGAGACAUUGAAUAUGUGUGUUAUUGUUUGUGCUAUGGUGCCAUCUUUUGGAUGAGUUUGCUCACUGCAGGUGCUGCGAGUGACAACGUACUUCCUGUUUCAUCCCUUCCAUAGCGUUUCUACGUGAAAAGUUUCUUCAUUCAUCACUCCAUUGUAAGUUUUACAAUAUAACAAAAACAAUUCUUACUUACUAAACCGUCCCAUGUGUGAUUCUGUAAGUGUUUUUAUGCAUAUUUCUACGUGUUUGUUAGCAUUAGUGAGUAUGCUAACAUGUUUACAAGUGUGCGUGUGUGUUAGUAAAAAAGUUGUAACUUGUUGAGAAAAAUGUCGUAACUUUACGCAAAGAAAGUUGUAACUUUUUGAGAAUAGUCACAAUGUAAGCGAAAAAUGUAACUUGUUGAGAAGGAAGUUGUAACAUGCUAAAAAGUUGCAACUUUUUGAGAUUCAAGUUGUAGGGAUAUGUAAACAAAGUUGUAACUUAUUAAGAAUAAAGUUGUUCUGUUAAGCGAAAAAGGUUGUAACAUGCUAAAAAUGUUGUAACUUUGUGAUAAAGUCGUAAUGUUAUGCGAAAAAAAUUGCAACUUUUGGGAAUAAAGUUGUAACGUUAUACAGAAAAAAAAAAGUUGUAACGUUAAGCGAAGAAAGUUGUAACUUUUUGAGAAUAAAGUCACAAUGUUAAGCGAAAAACGUAAGUUGUUGAGAAUAAAGUUGUAACAUGCAAAGAAAGUUGUAACUUGCUGAGAAUAAAGUUGUUACAUUAUGCUAAAAAGUUGCAACUUUUUAGGACUAAAGCUUUAGCGAUAUGCAAAAAAAGUUGUAAUUUAUUAAGAACAAAGUCAUACUGUUAAGCGAAAAAUGGUUGUAACUUUUGAGGAUAAAGUUUUAACAUCCUAAAACAGUUGUAACUUUUUGAGAAUAAAGUCGUAACGUUAUGCAAACAAAGUUGUAACUUUUUGACAAAGCCGUAACUUUUGAGAAGAAAUUCGUAAUGUUAUGUGAAGAAAGUUGUAUUUUUUUAAGAAUAAAGUCAUAACGUUAUGCGAAAAAAGUUGUAACUUUUUGUAACUAUUGUUUUUUCCUCGUAAAUUCACCAAAAUGAGGAUGAUCGGAGAGCUGGCUUCCACAGCGAGUGGGUCCACUUCUGUUAUGUUUUGAGCUGUUUUACUGCCGUGUGACAGGCCCCGAUUGAAUAAACAUUUACAAAAUAGUUUGUACCAGUAUAUAUUUGCAGGCUAAUAUAUGUGAAAUAUUUUUUAUUCUAAAAUUUGGUGGGUGCAACGCGAAUAGCAGUGUGCUCUAUAGCCCGGAAAAUACGGUAGUUCAGUUCAUCUUAAUAAUAAUGUAAAAUGCGUCGUGUUUUACUGAGCAGUCAGUACAAGACAUUUUGCCUUUCUCUUGUCCAAAUUGUUUGACUUUGGGGGUUCCACUGCUGUAGAAUCCGAGAGAAAUGUACUAACUCCAAUUCCAUGUGCAACGAAACAUGAAUUGAAAUAAUGAUGAAUAUCAUUUGUGUCAAAGGUCACAGGGUAUUUUUUUUUCUCCUAUUCUGGCCUCUCAUGAGCGCUUCCCCUCUCUGCUGAAGAUCCUCUCUUUUUAACCUUGUGUCAGAUUGGAGCUCUAUGCAUCUAAUCCAAACAAUCUGACUCGUCGUCUCUCUUUGAAUGUUUACAUUCUUCUUAUAGCAGCACAAGUGGUGGUGGACGUUUUGUUUGUUUAGAAUUGAAAAAUCUAGCUUUUUUAAGAAUGUUUAGUAUUUGGGCCACACUGAUGAAUUAAAAAAAUACAAUAAGUAAAAUUAUGAAUAUUUAUGUAGUUAUAUUUUGAGAACAAAGUUAUAAAGUUGUACGUCAAGAACAUAAAUUAUGAAUACAUUUGUAAGGCUGUAAGUAAAAACAGACUCAACUUGUAAAAUGUAGGGGGAAAAUGCAAAAUAUUGAACAUUUUGUCCAUGUCAAGGAAAACUCACGUUAUAAGAUUAACAAUGUAAAACCUGAAUAACUAAUUUUUUGGGGAGAAAGUCGUGUUUCAAGAAAUAAUUGUAAAAGUACAAUGAAUCAAAUUGGAAGAUGCGAGUUCGAUCAAUGUGUGAAACGUUGUUUUGUCUUCUAAAAUAAUUGUACCAGGACGUUACGAGAAUUUCUGUGUAACCAGAAAAAAGUCGGAAUUUUUUGGAGGAAGUCUUAUUUCAAGAAAAAACAAAUUGUAAGGUUACAAGCAAAAAUAUGUUUGUCUUUUAAAUGGAAAAUAAUACUAUGACAGGAAAAACUCACAUUAAGAGAAUUGUGAGUCAGUAAAAGUCAGUAAUAUAUUUUCUUUUUUGGAGAAAACGCAAAAACUUUUAACUUUUACAAAAAAAAAACAUUGACUGUCAUGAGUAACAUUUUUCACAAAAAUAAGUAUUUUUGAGAAGUUGAACUUGAAUUAAGUCGUCAUUUUACAAAAUAAUACAGCAAGAAAAUAGUUACUAAAAAAACAACUAAACUUUUUAAUAAAGAGGUUGUAAACAAUCUCAGGGGAAUAAUGUCAAAUUACAUAUUAGAAUAAAAGUUCUUUCUUAAUACAAUCUAAUUUGCCAUCUUACACAUGGAAUUAAUAUUUUUCCUUUAUCAUUUGACUUCACUCUUGUCUCGAUAUACUUUCUUUUCAGUGUGGCCCUCAUACUGCUUUGUAAUUCAAAAGCUGGUAACACACAGGUUGACACAAGUGAUUGUGUGUGAGUGCUUGACCACAUGGUGUCCACACAAAGUGCGGCAAUGAGUCCAAUCAGCUUGAAUGACUGAGAACGGAGAACAUGUGGAACAUGUCACAUAGCUGCUGAUGCCACGAAAUCUAUUUACAGCUCUUGACGAUGAAGCCGCCAUGUUUCAGGGUUUUUUUGGGGGGGCAUGCAGACAUUUGUGGGACGGAAGCACAAAGAAAAAGCACACAACUAAGAGGACAGACGUGCAUGUUCUGCUCUGUAGCUCACGUGCACGGUCCUGUACUUCCACAAGUGGUGCAUGAAGGGAUGUAAGAAAAGAAGCAUUGUGCCAGCACGUGCAUAUAAUAUAUAUUUAUUAUUUGAUGUUGUCCUUUAUUUUGAUAUUCAAAUGUUUGAGAAUAUAUAAAUAUAUAUUACUGAUGAUGUGUAGUGGUACAAAGUAGUCGCAUGGGACUUUUUUUAUACAUGAGAUGUUUCUAAUGUUUUUUUUUUAAAAUAUUAUGGUUCUUGAUGAAAUGUUGAGGUUUACUGGGACUACAGUUGUGUUUUUGCUUCAAAUAAAAAUUGGACAAUA